AUGAGUGUUGAUGACAGUGACGAUAGUAGUAACGGUAAUGUUUGUGAUAGUAGUAAUGAACAUGAUAGGAAUUAUGUUAAUAAUGAGGAUUAUGAUAACAGUAAUAAACUAAGUGUACUCCCUGACGAGCGACGUUACCUGCAAACGAAGCAAAAGAAGAAGACUUGUAACCCUGUUUUCGAUGAGCACUUCGGGUUCCACAUCCCUCUUCGGUGCGUGAGCGAGCGCAGCCUCCGGGUGAGCGUGUUCGACGGCGGCAGACACAAGCGGCAGGCGGCCAUCGGGCACGUGAUCUACCCCCUGGCGCAGGUGCCCGCCGACUCCGCCGCCGCCGUGGCCGCCUCCAACGGCUCCACCACCAACAACAUCAUCGUCAGAGAUCUGUCCAGGGAGGACGAGUCGGUGCCCAACAAUGACCUCGGAGAAAUCCUCGUGUCCCUGACCUUCAACGACAACCUGCACCGCCUGUCCAUCACCGUGUUCCAGGCCAAGGGAAUCAAGGUAAACGACGGCGAGGUGGUGUCGUGGGUGAAGGUGUCCCUCAUGAACCAGCGUCGGGCGGUCAAGACGAAGAAAACAACUGUGGUGGCGGCGUGCGAAGAGCCUCAGUACAACGAGUCCUUUCACUUCAGACCCCCGCCCGCCCUCGAGGGGGUCCACCUCACCCUCCAGCUGUAUGUGGCGUCGAGCUCCAACUCUAAAGGUCGUCUCGUAGGUCGCGUCAUCAUCGGAUCCUUCAUGUUUGCACGAGGCCGAGCCCUGAACCACUGGAAUGAGGUCCUCUCGACGCCCAAGGAACCCAUACAGUUCUGGCACUCUCUCACGGAGUAGUCCUGACAAAUGGCACCCUCUCAUGGAGUAGUAGCGUUAGGCCUCAAAGUAUUGUUAUUGUUCUAAAAUGUGGAAAAUGCCCUAGAAAAGGUAUUCAAGUAAUUUCGUCUUCUAGAGCAACAUCUAGUCACUCUUCUCCAGUAACUGUCAUACGGUAGUUUUGUUUUGGCUCAUUUUUAAAAAAUAAUGCGGAGUCCAUACGUACAACAUACUGCAAAUGAAACAAUGGUUAUAUUAACAGUAACAGUAACCUUUUCAUAUGACAACACCAGCAAUAAAGACAAUAUUGACUUCUGUCUAAUGAUAUCCACUGAAUAUUUUGCUACGAAGGACAACAGGUCUAAUGUAUCAAAAUUGUAUGAAAUUGUAUGAAAAACUAGUCUAUUCACAUAUAACUCUCCCAUCCUGGUUAAAAUGUCUAACGACGUUUCUUUAUUUUAUGUCCUU